ACGAACGUAGACAGAAGACUGACGAGAGUCAAGAAUAAGAACAAACUACCGUUGGGAGUGUGGGCUCGAUCAGUGGUGGAAGCUGGCGCAUUCCAACACUUUAUGUUGGCUCUCAUUGUUGUCAACUCUAUUGCUCUUGGUAUCCAAUCAGAGCUGACGGAUGCGGUUAGUUCUGGUGAAGAUUCAUUGAUGGCUCUAGUGGUGAUCCUCGACAUGUUUGACUACUUCUGUCUGUUUUGGUUUGUGAUCGAGAUCAUCUUGAAGUGGAUCGACGACUUUCGGAUGUUCUGGAAAAAUGGAUGGAAUAUAUUUGAUUUUCUAAUUACGGGUUUGUCUGCUGCACCGGAAGUUAUCACUUUAUUUUCUGGAAAUGAGAAUUCUCCUAUCGCGGAGACUGCUAGACAGCUUCGAGUAUUUCGAGUUCUCAGGUCUCUCAAAAUGGUUUCGCGCUUUGGGAGCCUCAAAAUCAUCGUGCUAACAAUACUACAGACGUUUAAGACUAUGGCCUUCUUAAUGCUUCUUCUAUUCACUGUCGCUUUCAUUUUUGCCAUCGUCGCUAUUGUCGUAUUCGAGCCGUUGUCCAGCUCGGAGCGAACGGAUCUAGAAUACAAAGACAGUUUCAAGGGUCUGCCUCGUUCUCUUGUCACACUCUUUCAACUCUUCACGUUGGAUCAUUGGUAUGAUAUAUAUGUCGACGUGACGAAGGUGGUCAAUCCGACGUUGACGAUCAUCUUCAUCAUCGCAUGGAUUUGGGUCGGAGCGUUUGUCUUCCGAAAUAUCUUUGUUGGAAUAAUGGUCAAUAACUUUACGACUAUUAGCGAAGCGUUACAGGAGCAGACGCUCGACGAGCGAAAACACAUGGAGAUGGAAAAGAAACGAGAGACACUCAAUUUAGACAUAAUGAAACAAGAAGCACGGCGACAAAGUGAGACUCUUACGAGACCCGCAGCCGUUCAGAGUCGACACACAGGAUACAAAUCUUUCGCAAGCACCAUCUGCAGUGAAUAUACGACUAAACAAUUCCAACUAGAUGAAAAAGAGAGUGACGGUUGGGCUAAAACAGUUCGCGACAAUCUACAAACUCUUGCUUUUCAUCUCGAGGAGACGCGGUGGCCAAGAGACAGUCUUUUCAGAUACUUUCAGAUUAUGGAGGAACUUCAAGACAACAUUCAAGAGUACAAAGAAAUACAGCAGCUAGCAGUUGCAGCGCUGCUCAAAGUUCAUGAUACUUCACUGAAUGAUGAAGCAAUUCAAGCUCGUUCUUGACUGCCGGCGUAUUUCCUUUCAACCUAAAACAUGAAACUCUACUAUACACGCAAUGCAAGUAAA